AUGCUGCGCGCCCUGCCCCGCGCGCUGCGCCUCUCGCGGCCCUGGAGGUCCCCGGGGGCCCGCGACUGCGCCUCCAACGCCAAGACCGGGACGCCAGAGAUCCAAGUGCACGCGCUGACAGGUCCAGACAAAGGAAUCACCGAGGUUCUGAUGAAUAGGCCUCAUGCCCGAAAUGCCCUGGGGAACGUCUUUGUCAGUGAGCUGUUGGAGGCUCUGGCCCAGCUUCGGGAGGACCAGCAAGUCCGUGUCCUAAUCUUCAGAAGUGCAGUGAAGGGUGUGUUCUGUGCAGGUGCAGACCUGAAGGAGCGGGAGCAGAUGAGUGCUGUGGAAGUGGGGAUCUUUGUCCAGCGGCUGCGAGGCUUGAUGAGUGAGAUUGCUGCCUUCCCUGCACCCACUAUUGCAGCCAUGGACGGGUUUGCCUUGGGCGGGGGCCUGGAACUUGCCCUGGCCUGUGACCUCAGAAUAGCAGCUUCCUCAGCUGUUAUGGGGCUAAUCGAGACCACCCGAGGACUUCUCCCAGGAGCAGGAGGGACUCAGAGGCUGCCCCGCUGUCUGGGCGUGGCCCUAGCGAAGGAGCUCAUCUUCACAGGCCGGAGAGUGAAUGGGAUGCAGGCCCAUGAGUUAGGCCUGGUAAAUCAUGCUGUGGCUCAGAAUGAGGAGGGUAAUGCCGCCUAUCACCGGGCACUGGCACUGGCUCAGGAGAUCCUGCCUCAGGCACCCAUUGCUGUGCGACUGGGCAAAGUUGCCAUUGACAGAGGAAUGGAGGUGGACAUUGCAUCAGGGAUGGCCAUUGAACAUAUGUGUUACGCCCAGAACAUCCCAACCCAAGACCGACUGGAAGGGAUGGCAGCCUUCAGGGAGAAACGCCCCCCAAAAUUUGUUGGCAAGUGACCCAGUUAAUUUUAACUGCACACCAUAAAUAGGAUCCAGAGGAAAAGUUCGCAGGCUAGCCCUCUUAAGU